AUGUUGGACGCCAUGUCCUCGCCUCCUGCGAAACGACACCUCCCCAAUCCAGCAGCUCUACAACCAUCAGACGGGACAGAAGUGAUCCCCAACCUUCCAAAAUCAUACGAUGAGUAUCAGACGGCCAUAGGGAAGGCCACCAUUAAGCCGCAUUGGAAGUGUCUACGUUUCAGCGGAUUUCUUUACCGAGCUAUCGACAAGUCCUGCAUCCAACGUGGAUCAAGCUUGGGCAGAGACCAGUUGCGAGCUGUGUUGAACAACCCACAGUAUACGCACUAUUGGGUUCAGGGUGACCGCGAAAGUUCUCUGGAUAAGCUGGCCUGUCCAACUUCACGAGCCGAAGUCGUGCGAGUCCUUGAAGAGGCGUGCCGACAGUGCGAAGGAGUUGAGAAGGAGGGUCUCGAUGCCUGUAUUCAAAUGCACAGAGACAUAAUUGCGGCUAUCCGCGCCGAGGACGAAGCCGAGGCUGCGGCCGAAGUCGAGGCCAAAAUCAAGGCAGAGUCGAAGACCAAAGUUGAGACGGACGUCAAGGUCGAAGGCAACGUGAAGGACGAGCCCGAGAUCAAGGCCGAACCGGACGCUGUGGGCUUCGUGCCAGGACCAACUAUCGACAUCAUCAGCGAGUGGCCUGGACGAGGAGGCACGCUGGAUGGCGAUGAGCGGGACAAAGUCGAGGCCGCCACCGAAGGCACCGUGAAGCUGGAGCCAGAGUAA